UUUAUUUAGGGAGUUGAGAAAACUAAAUAUGAUGGUAUUUUUGAGGUAUAUAUAAUGUUUCUCAAAGUUCUUUAGCGAUUACUUCAAUUUAUUCAUUGAUUUCAUUGAUCUUUAUCAGAAUGCAAACGCUUUAACUCAUAUUAUAUUUAUAGUCUUUGGUUCCUGUCAAUGGUUUACUGUCUGGCGAUAAAGUCAAACCAGUAAGUAUGCCGCAUGUUUAUUGCUAUUAACACGCCGUGUUGAGAUUCAGCUCUACUUAUAACGUCACAUGCAGUAUUAAGAAUACUGGGGUCAGUGCAGGUAACGAAGAAUACAAUUUGCAUGCAGGCUUGUGUGUAUAAUGAAAAAUACCUGAAAAAUAGAACAAACUUCUACGUUUCGAACGAAAGCCCUCGUAUCAGGAAAUUAUGCAUGACAUCCAUGGGGACCUAAACGUUCGCAUGUACAGUAUGAAGUGGCAAAGUAAAGUUACAGCUUUUUGAAACGGCAUAAAUUUUGUUUCAACGAAUUGUGGUUACAGUAAAUGGCAGAUGACAUGUAUUAUUAUUCAGGCAGAUUGUUCUCAAUAGGACGUACAUUGUAUUCCAGGUGCUGCUAAACUCAAAGCUUCAGGUAGAUGUACUGGGACGAGUGUGGGAUCUAUCUGAUAUAGACAAGGAUGGGAUGUUAGAUAAAGACGAAUUUGCUGUUGUAAGUAAAUUUAGUGUACUGAGCUAAUUGGGACCAGAUAAAAAUCCAUUAACACAAUUGCGUGUCGAACGAACGUUUCAAAAAGUGAAUACUUAGUGAGUUAGUGUACGAAAAAGUGUAUGAUCAAGAUCUUCUUUAAAAGUGUUGUAAAAAUGUGUUGCACCUCCACUGCAAUCUAUUUGGGGAUGAAUACGUGUCCCUGUCGAGAAACUCUCCCAGGACUGCGAACUGAAUUAUCUGAAGGCUAUACACUUGAAUAUAAAUGGUUGGCUAAAAAGAGCGAACUCGAAAAAAACCCAACCAUUAUUAGUCAUUGUUAUAUAGCUAGUGUGAACACCAAACGUGAUUGGCUGAUUUGUAGUCACCUGGCUUUAGAUAAAUGCAAUGUAUCCCGCCCGGGCAAUAAGUGAAAAAUUGUUGCCCGCCCCGACCGGCUACGUAGUACAUAAAUAAACAAAAUGGCGGCACAAAUUUAUACUAUUUAAACUACUGUUUUCGUGGCUUUGUGUUAAAAUAAAGAAUGUAAAAGAGAAGAAAAAUACAUAACAGACAACAGGAUAUGCUGCUGAAACCAUUUAAGUAGGUUUUUUAAAUUUUAAACUCGUUUACGCUAUAGAGUUUUUGUCAUGAAAUACAAAUAUUGUUGUAUGAAUGUAGUUCAAUGUUGAUAUUUGUUUCGUCGCUAUAUAACAAAACACUUAACGUCUUUUCCCUCGGGAAAUAGUUAGUUUUGUUUUCCCUCGAAUCUCAAUGUUUCCCUUGGGAAACAUUGAGAUUCUCGAAUCUCAAUGUUUCCCUUGGGAAAAUAAUUCCCGAGAAUCUCAAUGUUUCCCUUGGGAAACAUUGAGAUUCUCGGGAAAACAAAACUAACUAUUUCCCUCGGGUGCAGAGUGUAUAAUGUAACCAUCUAAACCCUGGAAUAAGAUGUAAUAAUAAAAUAUUUAUUUGAAGACAUUUUACAAAAUAAAAAGAACGGAAUAUUUAAGUUCAAAGUUUUCAUAAUAUUUUGUUCCAUAAUUUUAUGUUCGAUGAGGUUGUCCUGGAAUGGAAUCGGGUUGCUUUAUAGUAAUGUUGCAUUUUAUUUGAGAAGCCAUAAUUAUUUCAAUAACUUUUUGGUAAUUUCAUUGAUUUCAAUAACUUUUUGAAAUAAUACUUCUACCAGCUCACAAUAACGAUGAUUUAUUUCUAGGCGAUGUAUUUAGUGUACAAAGCUCUGGACGGAGAGACAGUUCCACAUAUCUUACCUUCCAGACUUGUGCCACCAUCUAAAAGAUCUCUAGUCCGGGGUUCACCUAACAUAUCACCUGGCGUCUCACCUACUCCCAAUAUGGUCUCAGCUACGGUUUUACAUGUAAGCACGCCGCACUAAUGGGCACCUAUAUAUAUAUUUGGUAUCCUUAAAUGUAGAAAUGGCUGCACAAGGAAAGGGAAUUGUAUGUACAACAGUACUGUAAAAAUCUACUUACAGUAUCUCUGAACUAAGCUCAUCUACUGAUCUCUAAAAUAAACUGUAAUCUAACUACUGUAUAUUUGUUAUACUCAGGGUCUUAAAAAUUCUUUUUUUUCUCAUUUACAAUUAGCUAGCAAUUUCCCAAUUUAUAUCUGCCAAAAGUAACAUAAUUAUUAUGAAAUAAUUAAAAGUGUAAGGUUCUUCAACUUCAAAACUUUAUCAGCAUCUCGCGCUAGGCCACUAGAAUGCCCCUUUGGAGACACGCCAUUUCUUAACUUUGGUCUGAAUGUCGCGGGCUCACUGAAUUUUCCAACUUCACUAAUUGCAUAUUGUAGGAUUUGAAACCCAGUUGCAGUGGCACAUCUAUAACCAACAUACCCUGCACCAACGCCUUUAAUGUUUGUGUUAUUUAGGGAUCAAAAGAGGCACCAUGGGUUGUUACCGCUGCGGAAAAAUCAAAAUAUGACGCGUUGUUCAAAACUGCCGAUAAAGAUAAUGAUAAUUUAGUAACAGGUAUUUCAUCUUACACUAUUCUUGUUGGUUACACCAUGGAUUGUAAAAUAAGUGGAUAGGAAACUUCCUGACGUCACAGUCUAAACCUAGUUGCAAUCUGUGAUGUCACGUGUAUUGCCAAAGUUCUCGGCAUUUUUGUUGUUUCGCUAUAUUUUCCGCUUUAAAAGAGUAAUAUUGAAGCAUAAACUGGUCUGAUUGUUUUAAAAACGUGCCUAAGCCACGACAAAAUAUUCAAGGUAAGUGUCUUUCGUCUUUGUUUUGUAUUUUUUUACAUUUGUAGCUACGAAAUUGGCGUCGUCAAUUUUAACGAAAUUUGCGAUGCAUUUUUCACUGUUUAGUGCUUGAAAUAUUUGCUAAAAUUGACUGGGAAUACUUAGAGAUUUCAUCGUAGAAUGGCGUAGUUAUAUUUAUUUGCUCUUUGACUAAAAUGUUUAGCUGUAUUAUUGCUAAACAUGCCGUUUUUGAGAAUUUGGUUUGCAACUAGGUUUCAACAUCCAACCACGCCAUCAGCCCAUUGAAAACAUUAGGUCAAGUCAGCUAGUUUCCUAUCCAUUUAUUUUAUUAUCCAUGGUUACACUAUUUAAUUAUUGUUAAUGUUCAGUAACAUCUACAAAGUAUAUAUAUUGUUACGUUUUGGCCGUUCGAUAGUUUUUUCAAGGAGAAAUCGUUUUAUAGGUGAUGAAGUGAAGAAUAUAUUUAUGGCGUCUGGGUUACCACAGCCUCUCCUUGCUCACAUAUGGUAAGUUGAUGCAUGAAUGUUGUUCUAAAAGAACUUUUUUAAAUUCACCUUUCAUAUUACUAGAUUGCUCUAUCAAUCCUAAACUGUAUGCUCUAUUGUAUAUAAAAUGUAAAUGCCAUACGUUAAUGGUAUAUUUGAAUUAUAGUAUAAUUACGGUAAAAACUAUCAUCCGAAAGCAGCAUAUUCAAGAAGCGAAUGCUGGUCACAGAUGUGACAGAUGCUUAAAGUAUUAAUUUUUGUGUUAUUCUUGCAGGGGUUUAUGUGAUGUGAACAACACGGGGCGACUGAACGGUGAACAAUUUUGUCUUGCGAUGUAUCUUAUUCAUCAAAAGGUGGGCUUUCCUAUACUUGAAUGAUUCCGUUCCCUUCCCCCAGCAAACACACAAAACAUAUUCACUAAAUUUAACUCAUAUUGUUUGCAGGUUAAGGGCAUCGAGCCUCCACAGACACUACCACCAGAGAUGAUUCCACCUUCAAUGCGGGUUGCUGGACAAGCCCUGGUGGUGCCUGCAAGUUCUGCGAUAGAUGACGCAAAUAAGGUACCGCGUAAAUGAUUUUUCGCACUUUAAGGCCGUUCAGUAGAUAAAAAGUCUCUAUUAUGAAGGUGGCAUUUAUUCUUACAUACGGUAGUAACGGUAGAAAUUUUUAGAACCACUGAGUAUUUUAACAAAACACAAAACAAGUGUAACUCCAAAGAUCGAUAACAUUUUUAUAUUUAUUACUCGCUGGGGCACUUGUGUCCAGGUGAGAAAAGGUUUCGGCAGCAUUCUUGGAUCGGCAAUCUCCAAUCGUCGAUAGCCACAAAAUAGAAUAUUAAUGAGCUGCCUAAUUUUCACCCAAAUUAUCCGUAAGGCUCCUGCCAAUUUUACCCAAAUUAUCCAUAAAUAACCCUGCAUUUUGAGGAAAAUUCGGGAAAAUUGAACAAUUUUACAAGGAAUUUCGACGUGGAAACAGCAACGUCACCAAGUGGGCAAAAUGUUUCAAACAAUUUCGUGGAGUGGACAAAUGUUUCAAACAAUUUGAUUCGUUAAAAUUUUCAACGAAUUGUACCUGUUUUCUAUGGAUUUUGCCUUGUGUCUAACUCUGGACAUUCUUGCUAGUUUAGUUAAUGCAUUUUUCUUGGUGCACGACUCUGAAAAUCCGAAAUUUGGAUCGUUAAAUUCCCGUGCACGGACCAUGAUAUACUGAAUCUGAAUCUAUUAAAACGAGCCAAAUACAAUUUCAAGGUAAAAGGUUAUAACUUAAACUACACAACGUAGUUUUAUAAUAGAUAAAUACUUUAUGAGAAGCAUAUUGGUGUCAAUUUUUUCUGUGCUGGUGUUGUGUACUCAGGUGAAUAAUAUGUUUGUGAUGUUACUCUGAGUGCAUAUCCACACCGGGCGAGCUUGAAAAAUAUGCCCGAGCUUGAAAAAUAUCCCACCGUGGCCGGGCAUAUUUUUCAAGCUCGCCCGGUGUGGAUAUGCACUCAGAGUAACAUCACAAACAUACAUAUUGGUGUCAUAUCAAUAUAAAAUUUUUCCAACAACAGUCCCUUUAUAUUGUGGAAACUGAAAGGUGAAAGCUGUAGUGUGAAACAUGAUAUUGUAUUUGUAUAAAUUUAUGGCGCAAUACAUAAAGGAUAAAAAUACCACCGUUCGAUCAGGUUCGAUUCAGCGUAAGAAAUUGUACUUACGACUGUCAAAUGUAUUUAUACUAUAUAAACAACAGUAUUCUGGCGAUUUAUGGCCUUUGUCUUUGAAAGCCAAGCGAAAUUGUAUUGUUGACAAAUUCCUCAAAAUUAUUAAACUAAUUAAAAAUGCAGUGCGUUUGAUCCUUGAUAACUUUGGUAUCGUUGGUUUUCUCUUUUUCGGCCAUAUACCAGUGGAUUCGUCUCAUUUCUCUCUUCAUCUUGAUAGUAUUUUGAGCCCAAAAGCCCCAAAAUAUUCUCUUUUGAAUGUUUGAAAGCGUAGUUUAAUGGCCUUGCGUACGGACCAACUGGCGGCCGACAGAAGAAUGUAUAUAGCGUACUAAAUAUAACAUUACUUGCAGACGGAACGCCGGAAGUUUUAUUUGUAGAGCACCGCAUUUUAGUAUUGUGUUAAACAGCCUUUCGCGUUUGUAUUCGACUUUUCCGCUUAGCUCGGGAACAACCUUAAAUCUUAAUUGAAAUAGCUGUGUACUUAUGUAUCAUAUACAUUAAUGUGCGUAUUUGUAUUGAAAGGGUUCAGUUUUUUUUUAUGCACCCUGUACAGGGUGUAUAAAAAAAAAACGCAACCUCGGAAUUUCCCAAGAAAUCGACAUUGUUUUAAAGACAAAAGAUUUUAGGCGCCUGGGAAUUUAAAAUAGCACAACUGUCAAAAGUACUGCACACGCGAGUGCAUAAAGCAAAAUUUAUGCAUUUAUUUAAUGUACAACAACAGUAAUAUGAUGUAUUAGCAAUGCGAUUUCAAUUCCCAGGGGCCUAAAAUAUUUUAUGCUUAAAGGCCGGCGCACACUAGAGCUAUGUGCUUAGCAAAAUGUCAUUCGUGACUGUUGGCGUAAGGAGAUGGCUCUCGUGUGCGGGCGAUUUACGAACGACUUUUGUCAUUCGUGCCACUUACGCCAAAUAUCUAACAUGUUUGAUAAUUUCUGCCUCGCGUGCCAAAAUCUUUCGUGUGCGGCGAACGAAAGCUAUCUGCUUACGGAUUGUCGUAACAGCGCAUGCGUAGUAUACGAAAGUAAACAUCCAAGAUGGCGGCGCAAAAUGAAUUGCUGGCCGAGGCAAUUUUAGAGGACAAACGUACUGGCUAUUUCUUUCACCGCACAUUCCCUUUUGUCCCUAUUUCUAAAAUCUACAGAACUCACAUCGUAUAAACAUUUAUAUUCAGGCCAAAGUUCGACAAGUUUGUCCUCUAAAAUUGCCUCGGCCAGCAAUUCAUUUUGCGCCGCCAUCUUGGAUGUUUACUUUCGUAUACUACGCAUGCGCUGUUACGACAAUCCGUAAGCAGAUAGCUUUCGUUCGCCGCACACGGAAAGAUUUUGGCACGCGAGGCAGAAAUUAUCAAACAUGUUAGAUAUUUGGCGUAAGUGACACGAAUGACAAAAGUCGUUCGUAAAUCGCCCGCACACGAGAGCUAUCUCCUUACGCCAACAGUCACGAAUGACAUUUUGCUAAGCACAUAGCUCUAGUGUGCGCCGGCCUUUAAGAAUUGCAAAGUGAUUUCUUAGGAAAUUCCGAGGUUGCGUUUUUUUUUAUACACCCUGUAUUUCGAGCGAGAAUGAAUUUGGAUGUUAUACGGGUCACGAACAUAACAAGUUUUGUUGCAUGCUAGUCUCCAUUCUGCAACCAACUGGUGGUUUGGUAGAUAUUUGUGAAGACGUUUUAAAACAACAAAAUCUUUUUUUGCUAGUUUAGUUUAAGUUGUUUGCUUUGUGAUCAGAAUUAAUGCUGACAUUAAACGGCUCUUCUGAUGAUAAUAGUUGAUGAUAAAAGUUGCUACAAGUUACCUCAGUUAAAUUUCCUUUAUGCAUGGCAGGUGAAUAGGGUGAUACAUUUAUUUUAAGAAUCCUUUUAUUUAAAGUGAAAGCAAAAUCGUUAACCACAAGAAAAGUUUACAAACAAUAAUAAUCUAUGUCGGAUCCUAAUAAUCCAUAUCAUGACAUGAAUAGUGGAUUAUUACGUGUAGGUGUCAUUUGGGAUAAACAUGGAUGCUAAGAUAAAACAGACUGUCACAAACAAACUGAAAGAAUUUCUUGUAGAGUUUCGCCCAGUGGCUACAUUCCUUCAAGGUGAUAACUCGGGAGAAUGCUAA